AUGGAGAAUGCCAGUCAGCUCAAACCAACGCCUGUCAUCUACGGAGAGCUGUUGAACAUCUCCACCAACUACACCCAUGCCAAUUUCACGUCGAAAGCGGAGGCGAAAGACAGUAACUUGGCUUUCCAAGCGGGUCUCGCCGUGACCUUAGCCCUCAUAACUUUAGCCACGACGCUCUCAAACGCCUUCGUCAUCGCCACCAUCUACCAGUCCCGAAAAUUACACACCCCGGCAAACUUUCUGAUCGCCUCCCUGGCCGUCACGGACCUCCUGGUGUCCAUUUUGGUGAUGCCCAUCAGCGCGCUGUACACGGUCAGCCAAACGUGGACACUGGGGCAGGUGGUGUGUGACAUCUGGCUGUCCUCGGAUAUAACCUGUUGCACCGCCUCCAUCCUCCACCUGUGCGUAAUUGCGCUGGACCGCUACUGGGCCAUCACGGACGCGGUGGAGUACUCCAAGAAGCGCACGCCGGCGCGCGCAGCCGGCAUGAUCGCCACCGCCUGGGUGAUCGCCAUCUCCAUCUCCCUGCCGCCCUUCUUCUGGCGCCAGGUGAAAGCCGAGGAGGUGACGAGCUGCAACGUGAACACCGACCACAUUUUCUACACCAUCUACUCCACCUUCGGCGCUUUCUACAUCCCCACGCUGCUGCUCAUCGCCCUGUACGGGAGGAUUUACGUGGAAGCCCGAAAGCGCAUCCUGAAGCAGUCGCACAACAAGCCGGGGAAGAGGCUCACCUCGGCGCACCUGAUCACCAACUCCCCCGGCUCGGUGGCGUCCACGACCUCCUUGAACUACGGGACGAACGACACCUCCUCCUGUGACACUACCUCCUCCGCGAACGUGAGCCAAGUCAAAGUCACUGUGUCCGACGCGCUGCUGGAGAAGAAGCGGAUCUCCGCCGCCCGCGAGAGGAAGGCGACCAAAACUUUGGGGAUAAUCCUGGGAGCCUACAUCAUAUGCUGGCUCCCGUUUUUCAUUUACACUCUUCUAGUGCCUGUCUGCGAGUCCUGCUUCCACCCGGAGUUAUUUGACAUUUUCACCUGGCUGGGUUACCUCAACUCUUUAAUUAACCCCAUCAUUUACACCAUGUCCAACGAGGACUUCAAACAGGCUUUCCACAAACUAAUACGGUUUAAAUGCUGCAGGGCAUGA